AAACUUUCUUUAUUUCACGCCGUGCUAAUUUUUUGUAAUUUUGUCAUGAAACAUUUUUUCUUUCUUGUGAAGGCAGCCUACCUCUGCGUGGAUCGAUUCCCGACAUGACGGCGGAUACGACACGUUUUAUGGAAUUGCAAAAUUGUUAUCAUGAAAAAUCGCUGGAAGAUAUCGAAAAAAUAACCGAAAAAGUUCGUUUGAUUUUAAAAUCAUUGCAUAAGAAACAGAACUUCAUAAAAGAUGAAGAUAUCCGGCUGUUUUGUAAAAAUUCAGCAUUUCUGCGCGUAGUUCGUUGUACUUCGUUACAAGAAGAAUUUAACAACAUAUCGACGCAAUUUUUAGAACGAUUACGUAAUGAAGACGAGAAUGACGUCAUGUAUAUAUUAUUUCGAGCUAUUUCUAAAUUCCGUUCAAAACACGAUAGAUAUCCCGGUUCGUCUGAGGAACACGUCAAGAGUGAUUGUGAAAAACUACAGAGUUACGUUGGCGGUCUCAUGGAACAAUGGGAAUUAAAUGGUGAAAUAAAAGAAGAUUAUGUACAGGAAAUAUGUCGUUUUGGUGGAAGUCAAUUGCAUCCUGUUGCGUCGUUUAUGGGUGGAUCUGCCGCACAUGAAGUCAUCAAAAUUAUCACAAAUCAAACUAAAUGGUGGAUAUCAUUUGGUGAUAUCUGUGGUAGGAGGGGAUUCAGGUAUGUUGGUGAAGGAAAACGGAGUUCGCGAGGAUGAAAAUAAUUUUGAAGAAGCCAUAAAAGCAGUGAAUACAUCUCUAAAUACCACGAAGAUUCCUCCCGAAAUAAAAGAAAUUCUUGAGGAUGUUAAAUGUGAUGUUGCCCCAUCUUCGAACAGUUCAUUUUGGAUUUUAUGUCGUGCUUUGAAAGAAUUCGUGAACGAAACUGGCAGCCUACCUCUGCGCGGAUCGAUUCCCGACAUGACGGCGGAUACGACACGUUUUAUUGAAUUGCAAAAUUGUUAUCAUGAAAAAUCGCUGGAAGAUAUCGAAAAA